UGUUUUCUCGCGUUGUACAACGCCGCAAUGUUUCUGACUUUCUGUUUAAUAAUAACAAUAUUUUCCUGUUUGAAUCAAUAAGCCGGUAUUUCGUCGUCUCGAGGUUAAAACUUGAAAUUUUUACUUCCAUUCCAUUGCAGACAGUUUAGCACUUUUUAAAUCAAACAAAUUUGAUUGUGCUGUAUAUUUGAUUGUGAUAAACACAACCAGAUUUUGAAUUCAGUCAAAACUAGAAUAAUUCGUCUCGAAUCAUAGUUCUCGUGGAUGUAACAGUUGGGAUGAUCCUUUAGGAACCCUUUGCAUAAUUCUCAAAACUACUCCCACAACAUUAAAGAGCAAACGAGUCCCACAUUCACCAUGCCAAAUUUUCCAUUUCAAAACACGUCUGGAGACCAAAGUCACAUCUUGAUGAUACGUAUGGAUAAUGCAAAAAUUAUCUCACAUAUCCUCAAAUCCAUAAAUUUCAAAGAGAAUUCCGUAUUUUGCUGUACUAGAGAUGGAUUAAAAGUCACAGUUGAAGACAUGAAAAGUGUCCAGCUAAAUGCCUUUAUAGAGCCUGGAGUUUUUCAAAGUUAUGUUAUUAAAGAAGAUGAGAUUAAAUUUCAGCUUAAUUUAACUGUGCUUCUGGAAUGUUUGAAUGUAUUUGGCUCUAACAACCUUCAAAGUGGCAGCACACCAGCCUUGAAACUCUACUAUAACGGCCAUGGGACUCCCGUUUCUAUCUUGCUGGAAGAAUCAGGAGUUAUCACUGACUGCAAGAUACGUACAGUUCAUUUUGAUCCUGUCCUGGAUUACGAUUUUGGGUCGGCUAACGUCAUCGGUCGUAUCAUUAUGAGUUCGGAAUGUCUUAAAGAGGUGUUUUGUGAGUUGGACUCGACUAGUGAUACUGUUCAGUUUUCUUUGUCACCUGAUUCGUCAAAUUUUCGUAUCACAACAUUUGGUCAUUCAGGAACUUAUCAUGUCGAUAUUCCGAAAGAGAGCGAUGUAAUAGAAACUCUUCGUUGUACCUCGGCAGUGUCCUUUAAAUACAAGCUCUCCUUGAUGAAACCAUCCAUCAAACCCCUUGGAAUAGCGCAAAAGGUUUCGCUACGAAUCGACGAUACGGGGCUCAUAUGUUUCCAAUUCAUGAUCAAGGUAGAAGACAACCACAACUGUUACAUCGAUUUUUACUGCCCUGCGGACGUCGACUUCGACGACGACGAAUGAUUGCCACGAGAACGAAUUAUUGACCGCAUCACUAAAACGAAAAAAAUGCCCUAGAAUUAUUCUAGAACGAAGAUCUUUGAAAACCUUAGAAAAAACUAAAAAGCCAGCAGUUGUCUUUCAUGUACAAAGUUUGUUGUUGUUCAUAUUUCAUGAUUAUCAUGAACGACUCCAUUAAACCACGCCGGUUGGCAAGCUAUUAUCCUCGUUCUUGCUUUCCAAUGAAAAGGGAGGGAUGCGACAGUCAAAGGUGUGCCCAUCUUCUCUCUCCAUUCGAAACGUUCCCCUGUUCAUAAAAAAAAUAAAUUAUUUGAACUUG